ACUUAUUAAAUAGAUUGAACUAUGGGUGAGAACAUAGUCACCUCUCAAAUAAUUGACAAUGCGUUAACAGAAGAGGAAGAUUUUGUUCAUCUGGACUCGAAUAUAAUGGGGAUGGACAACCUGCAACUGACAGCCGUGGAGCGCAUCUGUCUCGCUGCUGUUCUUGAGGACUCCGUGGACCAACUGGCCAUUUUGGGUCGGAUCAUGCCUACAUCACUAGGCGGAAAUGCGGGAGCACCCAAGGUGGUGGAGGACGAAAUCUCAGAGAUUGUGGAGUCACAAAAGAGACUGGAGAACCAGUUCGAGGUGCUCAACAUGCAACUGGCAGAACUCAGAGCUGCCGGCCCGAAGUCACGUGAGAAAGUUGGUGCUACCCAGAAUGAGUUGCAGGACAUUCUGGAUGAGCUGAAGGGAAGUCACGUGGCCUUGGCCAAGUCCAUGCGCCAGUCUCCGCUCACUCCAGAGAGUCUACAAAAGAUACAGCAGGACAGGUCCUUCAUGGAGGAUGUGCUGCAGCAGUCCUUAGCUGAGCUGCUCAACAGUGGCACCUUCUCUCAACUGGCAUCAUCAGUCGCAGAGGAACGCAACAAGCGCAAUGCACUGCAGAAAAUGGUCAAGAGAGACGAGAUGGGGCGUCGUGAGAUUCGUCAGCUGCAAGACCAGAUCAGAAAUGUGAAGCGCGAGAAGGAGGAUGAAAUACAGAAGCGUAAUGAGAUGAUUGCGCACUUGAAGGACCAGUUGCAGGAGAUGAAGGCGAAGACGGCAAUGGAGAGAAAGUACGUGCACAAAAGCAGCCUGGUAUCUGUCCAGCAGACCAAGAAAAAAUGCGAUUCGGGAAUCGCUCAGCUACAAGAGGAAACUAAGAACGUUAAUGAGAAGAUCAACGAGGAGAUCCGAGUAAAUCAGGACAUCGAGUCUUUUCUACACCAGAAACAGCAGGAGCUGUCGGCGAAGCAAGAGUACUGGAGUCAGAAGUACGAGACUGACUACGAAGCCAAGAAGAAGGAGCUGGAGAUCCUGAAACUCUCAAAAGCACAGGACUUCCAGAAUCUACAAGACCUUACCAAGAAGUAUAAAGAAUAUGAGGCAGUGGUGGUGGAUGACAGAUACGAGAAGGAGAUGGCCAAACGCAGGGCAGAGCAGAUGGCCGAGGAGUACAAGGCUUGCAAUGCUAUACAAGCGUGGUGGAGGGGAUGCAUGGUGCGCAACCAAAUUGGCCCCUACGGGAAAAAGAAGGGCAAGAAAGGGGGUAAAAAGGGAUCGAAGAAGAGCGGUGGGGGAAAGAAGAAGUCAGGCAAAAAGAAGUAGGCUCCUACCUACUCCAAUUGAAUAGCAGCACAGUAAUCACUACUAAUACGAGAUUGCAACAACUUUCACCGACUUUAUUGGAAAUUUUUAAGAUAUCCUUCUCUAGUUGAUCAGUCAAAUUUAACUCCUAUCCAAAAUACGGUUUGUGCAAUGAUUAGACGUAUCAUGGAAUAGUUUUGCUACCAGAGAGUUAAUUCUACCACACAAAUUGGAGUAGAAAUUGUUUUUAUUUUGAUCAGCAAAUUGUUUGAAUGGUCUAACAAAGAUCAUAAAAUUAGUUAUUCUAUUCUGAACUGUAAAUAAAUUUGAAAGGUAUGUAGAUUCAGUGAACAUAAACAUGUACAUGAAUGUGUUGAGAAAUGUGUAUAAUUGUAAAUUUAGUUUCUCAGUUUUCCA